CCCCGUCCGGAGGGCGUAAAGGCAACCGCACGCCACAACCAAAGUCCCGAUCCCGGCGUCGGAAGUCCCUUUGACUUUGCCGCCCACGCCUUCACGACACGUCUCAUUUCAAUCUCAAAUCUCACCUCUUUGACUUGAUAAAACUUCGUCAAGCCCUGGUGUCUACUCAUUGCUUUACUCUGUUUACAGGGCGGACUUGCGACACUUUCGCCAUAAUUUACUGACACUCACGCUCACACGGCGUAGCACUUGCGCCGCCCAUCGUGAACACAACAGAAACGCAGCAUGGCCGACCUCUCAACCUGUCUACCCCUAACCCGGGCCUCCGUCGUCGAAGCCCACAAGCUCGUCAAGCCGCACGUCCACUACACCCCGGUACUCACCAACAAGACCCUCACGGCACUCGCGUCGACGCCGCGGGCACCCGAGGACCUCAAGGGCACGAAAUGGGAAGGUCGCACGCCGGCCAAGCCCGUGCUCCGGCUGUGGUUCAAGUGCGAGAACCUGCAGCGCAUCGGCGCCUUCAAGGUCCGCGGUGCCUUUCACGCCGUUGAGAGGCUGAAGCAGGAGCCUGGGUGGAUCGAGGGCGGCGGUAAAGAGAAGGGUGUUGUUACGCAUAGCUCAGGAAACCACGCCCAAGCCCUGGCCCUCGCAGCCAGGGAAAGCGGCAUCCCAGCACACAUCGUCAUGCCGGACAUCUCCCCGCCCAACAAGAUCGCUGCAACGCGCGGCUACGGCGCCAACGUCGUCUUCAGCGGCAGCACCAGCGUCGAGCGCGAGGCCGUCGCCGACCGCAUCAUCUCCGAGACGGGCGCCCGCCUCGUGCCGCCCUACGAUCACCCGGACAUCAUGCUGGGCCAAGGGACGAUGGGCCUCGAGCUGCAAGAGCAGGUGCGCCAUCUCCUGGCCGCGGGACACUCUGCCGAGAACCCUACGUUUAACUCUACGGAUCUUCCUGUGGCUGUGCCCAACGGAGACGGGGUGACGCAGAAGGGCCUGGACGCGAUCAUGACGCCCUGCGGAGGCGGCGGCAUGCUCUCCGGCGUAGCGCUGAGCUGCGAAGGGACGGGGAUCCGGGUCUUUGGCGCGGAACCAGAGUUCCAGGGCGCCGACGACUGCAAGCGCGGCUUCGAAGCGGGAAAACGCGUCGAGAGCGUAAAGACGCUGACGGUCGCUGAUGGGUUGAGGACGCCCGUGGGCAAGCACCCCUGGUCCGUCAUCUACGAGCGCCGGCUGGUGGAGAACAUGUACAGCGUGUCCGAGGAGGAGAUCAAGGCGGCGACGAAGCUUGUGUUUGAGCGGUUCAAGCUCGUUGUCGAGCCGAGCGGUGCGGUGCCUCUGGCGGUGGCGCUGUUUAAUGAGGAUUUCAGGGCCAUGGUUGAAAAGGAGGCUGGCGAGACGGGGUGGGAUUUGGGGUUGGUUUUUAGUGGUGGGAAUAUGGCGUUGGACGGGCUCAUGAAGAUUUUUGCGGCGUGAUAUCCUGGAGUUGUUUCUGUGUGGAGAUGAGAUGAUAGACAUGUGGUCAUAUUGAGCUUCUGGGGAUGGUUCCUGAGUUCUCGAUGCUGGCUUGUGAUCUAGGGGAUGGAGCUUGAGACCCUGUUAAUCAACAGGCAAGACUUGCCACUGGCAAUGGUUACACACGCUGAUAAUUACUCCUCGGUGGUGGGCCCAACUCACCUCACUACUGACAUAUAUAAGUAACGAUAAGUGGCCCCCAACUACCUACCACAGAGGUAUCUCAGGU